CAUUUUCCUCUUUUCCUUCCUACCCAUUGAUUCACAACCAAAAUGACGCUCCCCCAAAACAUCACCCAAAUCGCAGACCCCAAAGCGUCGCAGCUCCUCACAGAGCUCCGCAAUCUCUCCCUCCCCCCACCCACAGUCCGCCGUCUUAUCAACGAGCUCACCAGCGCACUCGCAAAACACAUUCCUCCCCCACCCACCAACGACCCCAUCGCCGUGAUCGUCGUUCUCCGAUCGGGUCUCUCCAUGGUCGACUCUUUCAUCUCCAGCCUCCCGUCCUCUGUCGCCGACACCGCCGUUAUCCACCACCUGGGCCUCUUCCGCGAGAAACACACCCUCGGCCCUGUCGAGUACUAUAACAAGUUGCCGAAGAAGAGCCCUGCCAUUACGCGCGCUUACAUCCUUGACCCGCUGGUUGCGACGGGCGGUACUGCUACGGCUGCUAUUGAUAUUAUGAAAGACUGGGGCGUCGAACACGUCACGCUGUUUUCGCUGCUGGGCAGCGAUCCCGGCUUGCGCGCAGUGGCAAGCGCCUGGCCGGAGGGGACGGAGGUGGUGGUCGGUGCGGUAGACAAGGAGGUCGAUGGGAAAGGGUUUGUGAAGCCUGGUUUGGGAGAUAUUGGGGAUAGGCUGUAUGGAACGGCACAGGAGUAGUCGAACCAUCUUUAUAGUAGUAUAUUCGUUUUGUUCAAUGUUAUCUGUAGCGUGGCUACCCUAUAUCACU